AUGGAGGAGCUCACGGCUUUUGUAUCCAAAUCUUUUGACCAGAAGAGCAAAGAGAGCAGCGGCGGCGGCGGCGGCGGAGCCAAGAAGGAUUCGAUCACUUACAGGGAAGUUUUGGAGAGCGGACUGGCGCGCUCCCGGGAGCUGGGGGUCUCGGAACCCAACCUCCAGGACAUAACGGAGGGCAGCGGCCACUGUCCGGUGCAUCUCUUUAAGGACCACGUGGACAACGACAAGGACAAACUGAAAGAGUUCGGUUCGGGGAGGGCCGCCGAAGGUAUCUACGACUGCAAGGAGAAGCGCGAGGACGUGAAGUCGGAGGACGAGGACGGGCAGACGAAGCUGAAGCAGCGGCGCAGCCGCACCAACUUCACGCUGGAGCAGCUCAACGAGCUGGAGCGACUCUUCGACGAGACUCACUACCCCGACGCCUUCAUGCGGGAGGAGCUCAGCCAGCGCCUGGGGCUCUCGGAGGCGCGCGUGCAGGUGUGGUUCCAGAACCGGAGAGCCAAGUGCCGCAAGCAAGAGAACCAGAUGCAUAAAGGCGUUAUCCUGGGUACCGCCAGUCAUCUGGACGCCUGCAGGGUGGCACCCUACGUGAACAUGGGCGCCCUGAGGAUGCCUUUCCAACAGGUAGCUCGUUUUUUUCGCGUCCUCACCGUGCGGGUUCUGCCUUCGCAGGUCCAGGCACAGCUGCAGCUGGAAGGCGUGGCGCACGCCCACCCGCACCUGCACCCACACCUGGCGGCGCACGCGCCCUACCUGAUGUUCCCGCCGCCGCCUUUCGGGCUGCCCAUCGCAUCCCUGGCCGACUCGGCCUCGGCCGCCGCCGUCGUGGCUGCCGCCGCCAAGAGCAACAGCAAAAACUCCAGCAUCGCCGACCUGCGGCUGAAGGCGCGCAAGCACGCCGAGGCCCUGGGGCUCUGA